UUGAAGAAAGUUGGAUUACUGGAAAGCUCUUUGACACAGACUACACAUAAGUAAUUACUAUUAUCAUGGCCUCCAAUUCCAGUGCAGGGAAUGACACCAGCUCUGGCCCGAGUGACAUUUUCUUCCUUUAUAGCAAGAAUGUGUUUGCAGUCCUUUACAUUCUCCUGUUUCUCCUGGGCAUGCCUGGAAACAUCCUGCUGCUCUUGGUCCUGAUCCGAGGUCUCCAAAGAAAAAGUGGCAGCCACAUCUCACGCUUAACAGAGCCCCUUUUCGUUAAUAUUGUGGUUCUUGACCUUCUAUUCUUCCUCUACAGCAUUCCUGUGAUGUUUUGCAACAUCAUUUUCAAGGACUGGCGUUUGGGCCACCUGCUAUGUGCCACGAACCACAGCUUGUCCUUGUGGAUCUCCUUCGCUGACUUCUAUAGCAUGCUGGCUGUCGCACUGCUUCGCUAUAUUGCUGUCCUCCAUCCAAUGACAGUGAUGCCCAUCUCCCAAAAGCAAAUAACUAUAGCUUGUGGAUUCAUCUGGGUGAUUUGCUUUCUAUUCUCCACCCCACUUUGGAUUCAUUAUCAGAUAAUUGAUUUGGAGGGGGAAAAACUUUGUGUGAACCAAAUGGGAAGGAAGGAGGUUAACCUUUACCUGCAGUUCCUGGGAGGGGUGGGGUUCUUGCCUCCUAUGUUGGUAAUGAUUUUCUGCUACUUGAGGAUCAUCUCCACGCUAAGGGUUAGGAGGGCAUUGUCUAUGCACACAGCCUCCGGUCUGCAAGUUAACUGGAGAGCUACAGUGAUGGCUUUGGUCACCAUGGUGGCACUGGUGGCUAUGUGGCUCCCAUAUUGGCUGGUGAUUUUCUUUAUCAGGUAUGAUGAGUUGUUAACUACAGCCCCGAUGUACUUGGUUUAUCAUCUGACAUCCCUCUUGGCCUUUGCCAACCGCUGCAUUAAUCCCAUUAUCUGCUUCUGCCUCUCGUUACAGUUCCAAGCUAGGCUGAGAAACCUCUUUAGAAGGAUAGGGAAGGGAAUUCGCCAAGUAGGUCCUAUCCAUUUGGGCAAGAUAGAAGUGUUGCGUAGCACUUAUGGAUGAAUUCUGUGUUAUACGCCUUGCUAAUGAUGGGGGGCUAGGACAGUGUGUGGAACAAACAUGUAUUCUUUCCCCUAUAAUCUGAGGGAUCCUAUAUGGCCCUGUGGACCUCCACAGUUAUUGGACUACAGCUCCCUUCAACCUCAGCCAGCACAGCCAUUGGUCAGGGAAGAUGGGAUUGUGGUCCAAUGAUAUCUGGAGGGCCGCAGACAUGAAGGCUCUGCCUUGUGUCAUAGAUGGGGAAUCAGUGAUCCUCCUGAUGUUGUUGGCCUACAACUCCCAUAUUCCUUGCCUGCUGACUUGGGCUGACAUAAGUUGGAGUCUAACAACAUCCGGAGGGGUCACAGGUUCUCUGCUCCUGCCUGAUGUGAUUACUUACAAACAAACAGAGAACUCAUUAGGGAGAAAAUAAUAUGUGAAAACUUGAA